AUGCUUUCAUCGGAUACACCUUUUGCCAAGAGGCUAACACAAUGCGUUUGUGCCAUUGUGUGGUGUCUAUUAUGUGGUGGCCCCAUAUUUGGGUUUGCUGCAUUGAAACCAAUAUUGAUCAAAGAGCACGUUUACGAAUCAUUAUGCGAUCUCCACCCAGAACCUACCACAUCCUUUGUUCAUUCUGCAGCAAAUGAAGUUGUUUCUAAGUGUACACCACAAGAUUUGAAGUUGAACAAAAUCUUUACCGUUGCUGCAGUUGUCACCAACGUUUCUGCAUUGCUCAUUGGACAUGUGUUGGAUAACUUUGGCCCUAAAGUAUGUGGGUUAAUAGGUGCUGGGUUCCUAUACUUGGCCAGCUUUGUUUUCAUUUACGCUAAGCAGAUUCAAAUGUCACCAAUGUGGUCUUCUUGGUUUGAUCCAUAUUUGAUGGGAUACAGUUUUUUGGCAUUGGGUGGACCCUUUACGUUUAUAUCCUCGUUCCAACUUUCAAAUUCAUUCCCAGAACGUAGUGGGACAAUAUUGGCAAUGUUGACUGGUGCUUUUGAUGCAUCUAGUGCUGUGUUUUUGCUCUAUCGAAUUGUGUACAAUAAAUCACAUGGAGAAUUCACAUUGGACACGUUUUUCAGAGUGUAUUUGUUGGUACCAAUCUUCAUUACUAUUGCUCAGUUGACUGUGAUGCCUAGUGAAUCGUACCGAACAAGCUCGGAAUCUGUUAAAUUGGUAGGUGGUGAUCAAGACAGGAUUGACGAUGGUGCAGACGUGAAUGAGGAGUCUGCUUUAUUGUCAAGUGAGACUCCACAUAGAAGAGAUUCAAUUGGCGAUGCAUUGAAACAUCCAUAUGAAGAAGAAGAGUAUUUGAUGAAACAUAGUAGUGAUCCAGUUGUCGGUAUACUUCAUGGUUACGCGGCCCAAUAUCAAAUUAAAACUUAUUGGUUUUUGCUAAUUUGUUUAUUUAGUACGAUACAAAUGUUGAAGAUUAAUUAUUUUGUUGCUACAGUUGCUAGUCAAUACCAAUAUAUUUUCCAAUCAUAUGAACUAGCUACUAAGCUCAACAAGUUUUUCGAUGUGGCUUUGCCAUUAGGUGGAAUUAUUUGUGUGCCCCUUAUUGGUAUAUUGCUUGACAAUUACUCGUCCUUACUUGUUGUGUCUACACUUUUAUCUCUUUCAGUGCUAAUUGGCUUCCUAGGCCUUUUUUCCAACUAUGCAUUGGCAAUCAUUGGAGUUUGCUUAUUUGUCGGAUACCGCCCAAUGUUUUACACAGUUAUAUCUGAUUUAUGUGCCAAAGUAUAUGGAUUUGAGACAUUUGGUACUGUUUAUGGAUUGAUUAUGACGAUUAGUGGUGUAUUCAACUACGGACAGAGCUAUUUGGAUGAAUUGACGCACACUGUUUUCCAUAUGGAUCCAAUGCCGGUGAAUUUGAUGUUGAUUUUGGUUACUUUUGUCGUUGGUGGUUUGACUGUCGGAUAUGUCUACGUUGAGGGUAAUAGAAGGAUUAAGAAGGAUAUCGAAGCACUUCAAAGGGAAUAG